AUCGGAGAAUAUGGAGAAUUUUGAGAAGAAUUUGAAAGUAUGUGAAAGUACAUCGAAGGUGGUUCUAAACGUUCUUCACUUGGUUUUAUCAGAUCUUUCUUCCAUGAACAGCUCAUUAAUAGAUGUCCUAGUGGAUAAUGUUUGUAAAAGGAACCCAUCCUUUGUUUUUGCCAAUCCAGCAGAAUGCCAGCUUUAUUACAACUGCUCAUCAAAAAAUGGUUCAUUUCUUUCCACAUGGCCUGAUCACAUGGCAGAAUGUCAAUAUCCUGAUAUGUUCUCAACAAAAACGCUUCAAUGUGAAAAGUUUACAGAAGUAGAAUGUGGGGAUCGAAAAGAACUCAAAAAUCCUUGUGAAUAUAAAUUAUAUGCCGAUACAAUUUUCACAUGUAAAUGGCAAAACCCUAGUUGUAAGGGGAGAACAGACGGGUUACACAAGGGAUAUCAAGGUCCAAACUCUUACAUCAACUGUUUCCAAGAACGUUUGAUUAAUACAGGAGUUUGUGAGGAUGAAGAUAUUUGGAAUAUAUAUAAGAUCCCCUACAAUGGCACGUGUACAAACCCUUUUGAAGUUCCUCACAAAGAUGGCGGAUUUUUGUCUAGUUGUCAAGGAAAAACAGACGGGAAUUAUCGUUUUGAGUAUGAUAGCUUCUACAUGGGGCAGGGGGAUUACUUCGGAGUAGGUAGACAAUGUGAUGCAUUCUAUCGUUGCGAAGGGGGCGUGGCUACAGCUGUCAAAUGUCCGAAUGGAAGUGUGUUUGAAUCUCAAAGUAGAGCUUGCAAGGCUGGAAAUCACUCCAUAGAAUUAGGAUGCCAGCUAUACUGUAACCCAAACUUUAAAAUGUGGAACGGGUUUCCAAAUAACUUGGCAGAAUGUCCUUAUCCCGAACAGUUCUCUGACGUCACUCAUAGAUGUGAAAACUUUACAAAGGUCACAUGUGGCUCCCGCCCUGAGGUCAAGGACUUUUGCAAGUAUUGGGUGCAGCUGUUCAUGAACCGACACACAGGACGUUGCGAAUCGUUUCACUUCAGCUGUGCAGGUUUACCUGACGGGCUUAACGAACAUCCAGUCAAACGACCCGGCCCUUAUUAUGUUAUUUGUCUCAAAGAAAGGCUAAUACAAGAGGGAACGUGUCCCUCGGACAGUGAAUGGCAGACAGAAACAUUUCCAUACAAUGGUAAAUGCACUCAGCGAUACGCAAUUCCCGUAUCCCACUAUGAUAUCGGUCUCCUCCCGGAUUGCUCCGGUAAAUCUGACGGGAACUACCAGUAUCUGAAAAAAUGUGAUGCUUUCUACAGAUGUGAACAGGGUAAUGCAACUGCCGUAAAAUGUCCUUCAAACACUAUCUUCGACACUAGCAGUAAAGCUUGUAGAAAUGAUGGUGUCUGCUCUAGAUGA